CUAUUCAGAGGAAAAGCAGCAUGAACCCAACUGAGCAUUAUAAAGAUAUAAAUUAUUAUUAUUAUAUAUAAUUAUAUAAUAAUAUUAUGUAAUAUUAUUAUAUAUAAAUCCCUAUCUAUGGUUAGGGUUGUGUGUGUGAUAAUUUGCCCCUAAUAUUAUUUACAUUAUUUACAGAAUUUAACAAACACCCUUAUGCAGAGCAAUUCGUAGAUGAUGAUGAUGAUGAUGAUUAUUAUUAUUAUUAUUGUUGUUGUUGUUGUUCAUGAGACCUCGGGAUAUAAUGUACUGCCCAACCCCAGUAGUUUAAUUGUCGAGCUAUUGAUAGAGAUUAGGUUUUAGUGAAUCAGUCUCGCUAGUCAGUUAAGGCUUGUAGGAGAAACCUGAAAGCGCCGUGAUUUCAAGCUUUUAUUUUGAAAAUUUUACUGACCUGUGGAUUGAGCGUGUAAUGGUGGAUGACUUCACGAUGCUGCCGUUGCUAUGGUAACUGAAAUGUUGACAUGGCGCCUACGGUUAGGGAACAACAAGCGUGUACAAAAUAAACAGAAAAGUAACCUGCGUCUUUUACUCCUGCACGUCUUUGGGUAAUAUGAACACAUUGUUUUAUAAUGCUCUUGUUUCUGUGGGUGAUCAUUUGAUUUGCAAACAAAUAUAACAAUCCAAUUCCCCUGAUUGAGCUCAGAGAGGAAGGAAAAGUUAGUCAUCAUGAGCAUCGUGUAGCGUCUGUUUAUAGAGGAAUGGAAGUCGUGCUGCAAACUCCGAACACUUUCUCCGACAAUGUGAAGAAAAAGAAAAUCCUACCUCUGAGCCAACUGGUGGAGGAAACAAGGAGGAUCUCCAAAGUCUCUCAUCACCUUCUUGAAACUAAAAGUUUUGCCAAGGUUAAGAGCAAUAAUGUUGUUGAGGCUGAACCAUCAGAACUGCAUUUUAGUGGGUUUGAAGUGGGAAAGGAUUACAAAAAGGUUGUGAAACUGAUUAAUAUUUCUCCUGAGGUGAUCCACGUCCACAUUCUUCCUACCCAAACCAAGUACUUUCGAACUGAAUAUACACAAAAGAGUCGACUAGUUCCAGGACUUGCUCAGACUAUUACUGUGCACUUCAGGCCAGACGAGUGGCGCUAUUUUUUUGACAGCAUCCGGAUUCAUUGCAAGGGGGAGGAGAACUUGCUGGUUACUAUUCAUGCUUAUCCUGUCAUUGAUGAUCUUAAAAUUCCAUCUCACAUCAACCUGUUUCCUGUGCCAUUGGGACACAGCUCCACUUGUGUGAUUCCUCUGAGCUGCAGUUGUCCAGUAGACUUUGAGUUCCAGGUGCACUGCUUGAAGUCCCACGAGGCAUUUAGCAUAUAUCCUUUGUCAGGAAUCAUCCCAGCCAAAGGGAAGACAGAUUUAUCAGUGACUUUCACACCACAGCAAUAUGGAAUGGCUGAAGUCACUCUACAGCUGGUCAUCUCUCAGUUCAACUCAAAACCCUUUAUCUGCACAUUAACUGCGUCCUGCUCUCCUAAUCUGACUCUAAACCAACAGAGAGAAAAUGAAGAGAAUGCUAAAACUGCCAAAGACCUACCAACAGAAGAGGUCGUCUACCUUGUUUCUCCCAAACUAAAGGCUAAAGUGACACCAAGGAGAGAGAAGCACACUAAAAAGAAGACAAAAUCAGACCCAUAUACCCAGAGCUCUGAUGUAGAUCUUUCCAACCAUGCUAGACUUGCUAAAAUGCUAAUUCAACACCAAGACAAAAUGAGCUACAAAGAUCUCAGAGAGGCCAUGUCCCAUACCAAGACUGCAUACCAGACAAGACAGGUGAAAGAGGCUGCAUUUGAAAAUCAAGUUCGAGUAAAUGCCCAAAAAGAUAGAGCUAAUCAUCUUCAGUGGCAGGUGCAUCUAGGUGACGAUUUGGUCUCAGCAGAACAGAAAAUAAAGAUUCUGAAGGAACAGGAAGUUGCAGCUUCUGAGUAUAUGAUGAACAAAGACAUGGGUGGCAGAAAGAUGGAUGUUGCCCAGAUUUUUCCAAAACUGUCAUCUCAUCGUGUCGUUCGUUGUGCGGGACAGUGCCCUGAUUGCACUCCUGUGUUCUACAUUUAUGGCAGUAGCCAACUGGAGGUCAGAUGGCGAGUGCUUAGGCUCUUCCAACAAACUGUUCGUAAGGUCAUUCUGCAAGUCCGAAUGAAUAAGAGGCUGCUUCUGUUGCGAGAACUAGCUUCCAGUACAAAGGGGCAAGUCAGAGAAGAAAAAAACAAAGGCAUAGCUGAAAAGAAACAACUUUUAAAUCUGUCACCAGAAAAGCUGCUGCCCUUCAUAUCGCCCAUCUUUCCUUCAACAAACCACCCUGACGAACUUGCCAUUAACAAAAUUGGAAAUGUUCAUGUGGGGCUGAUUGAAGAAGAUUUGACUUCCACCAUUCCAUUUUUUAAUCUAAAGGUUCCUCAGCAUUACAAGCUAAUGGGCUAUCAGGAAGUUACUGUGUAUGAUUCCAAAGCCUCUUUUGCCCACAAAAAUCAGUGUAGGCUGCUGCGCACAGGAGCACAGAAUGAACUGCUGCCCAUGGUGAUGUCUCCUGAGCUAAACUCCUACCAGGAGAAAGAGCUGCAGGAAGAGGAGAGACCAGAGCCAGACCUCAACCCCAUGCUCUGUUUCAGGACUCCUCGUAGUGUGUUAAAUCCACAAAACGCCCACCCUCUCAGGAUCUUUAACCCUGCUCCGAGUGUGUGUGCCUUCAAAUCAACACCAUUAUACCUAGAGAGUGACCCAGAGUUCCACCUUUGUCCACUGCCAAGACACACCAUCUGCAAAGACUAUGUUGUUGGAGUCCAUACCAACAGCACUCAAAAGAAGUUUUUAGACAGAGAGGACAUUAUAAAAGGAACCAUGAUAUGGAAGAAGUUUCCCUGUCUGGCACUGAAUACCGUUUCCUCUGUUCCAGCACAAACCAGCAGUCAGAACCCACGCAUGUGUGACCCUUUCAAUAGUUUGGUGCUGCCCCUGGAAGCCCCACCAUCACUGAAGGACCUUCCUGAUAACAUCAGAGAAGAAAUUUCUUUUGGAGAGGCUGAAGGUGCAGGGGUCAGUCUUAAUCCUGACAUGGUUCAAGCUGAGUUUGCAGCCUUUGAAAAUUCACCUAAAACAUUGAAAGAAGAUUCCAUGAAGGAUGACCGAGAAACACUUGAAAAGCCAUUGGAAUCAAGUUUGAAAUCACAAACCAACCAACUGGGAUCCAAAGUCUUAGCACGGAUGAAAUAUAUGAAAUCUAUGAGCAGGAAUAGUCUACUUUCACAUAACAGAUAAUAGCAGUUUUCCCUACAUAGUUAAAAUAAAAGUGCAAAUUUGUGUUAAGAUUUAAUCAAAUCAAAUAAAAACUUAUUUUAUGUUUUAAACACUUAAAUAAAUUAUUUUGUUGGAGCUGUAUGUGUUUAGUUUAAACUGCAGCAUGUGAUGGGAUUAAAUUUACAUGGGGUCCUGGGGUAAUUUUCCAUUUUACAGGCGUUCCUCUAUGACUUUAUUUCAGUCCGGAUUGGCCCUGUGUUUUUUCUAAGGCCUCGUAUGAAAAAAUUAUAGGCUGAAUUGCCUACUGUAAUGAAAAAUAAAAAGGGGAUGCUUCUUGUA